GUAGUGGGGUAACGGCUGCCCGCGGCCGGGAGGGGGCGAGGAGCUCCUCUUGGCCGCUGCGUUGUUGUGGUGCCCGCCGUGGCCGUCCGCCUCGUCUCCGCUCUGCCGAAGGCCGGGCUGGUGCUGGAGGGGAUGGUGGGUCUGACCCGGGCGGUGUGGGCCUCUGUGCCUCCCUCGCCUCUCUGAGCAAGCUGCGGGUGGUGCUGUCCCCGCUUCUCAGCCCUGGGAACUUGUAACAUGUCCGGCAAGUUUCGUUCGCGUUUGGUGGAAGAAUAACGAUCCAAAGAUGCUCGCUUCCUAUGAGCUGAAGAAAGCUGCGCCCCCAGAGAGGGUCGAGGGGGAGAUAAAUGUGCUUUUUUUUUGAGGAGUUCAGGCCUUCCAGACGUCAGGAAUGCUGUCUGAGGAUGUGGAUCUGCAGGAGAGCAACUCUGUCUUCAGGGAACAACCUGGGUACCCUGGUUGGUGUCUACCUUCUGCCACAAAACUUCCUCAUUGGAGCGGAUGGAGGAGGAAGGCGAUGACGAUGAGGAUGAUGAAUUGGACAUCUUUGGGGGUUAUGACAGCUUCCGGGGCUACAACAGCAGCAUGGGCAGUGACAGCAGCUCCUGUCUGGAUGAGUCUAGUGACGAUGAGGUGGCAGACCGGGAAGCUGGAGAACUUCCGACCUCUCCUGUACACCAGCUGUCCACAGGCCGGCUCACAGAGGACAGCGGCUCUGAGCCAGCUGUGUGCGAAAUGUGUGGGAUUGUGGGUACCAGGGAGGCUUUCUUUUCCAAGACCAAACGUUUCUGCAGUGUCUCCUGCUCCAGAAGCUACUCCUCAAACUCCAAGAAGGCCAGCAUCCUGGCUAGACUGCAGGGGAAACCACCAACGAAGAAAGCUAAAGUUCUGCACAAGGCAGCCUGGUCAGCCAAGAUCGGGGCCUUUCUCCAUUCUCAGGGCACGGGGCAGCUGGCAGAUGGGACACUGACAGGCCAGGAUGCACUCGUCCUGGGCUUUGACUGGGGAAAGUACCUGCAGGAGCACGGCUUCAAGGCAGCUCCUGUCAGCUGCUUCAAACACGUGCCACUCUUCGAUCAGUGGGAUGAUGUGGUGAAAGGUAUGAAAGUGGAAGUGCUGAACAGUGAUGCCGUGCUCCCCAGCCGUGUGUACUGGAUUGCGUCCGUCAUCCAGACCGUAGGGUACAGGGCCCUUCUGCGAUAUGAGGGCUUCGAGAACGAUGCCAGCCACGACUUCUGGUGCAAUUUGGGCACAGUGGAUAUUCACCCCAUUGGCUGGUGUGCCAUCAACAGUAAAAUCCUGGUACCACCACAAACUAUCCAUGCCAAGUACACUGACUGGAGAAGUUACCUCAUGAAAAAACUGGUGGGAGCCAGGACCAUCCCAGUGGAUUUCCACAUCAAGAUGGCGGAGAGCAUGAAGUACCCAUUCCGGCAGGGCAUGCGAGUGGAGGUGGUGGAUAAGAACCAUGUGUCCCAGACACGCAUGGCAGUGGUGGACACAGUGAUUGGGGGCAGACUGAGACUCCUCUAUGAGGAUGGCGACAGCGAUGAUGACUUCUGGUGCCACAUGUGGAGUCCCCUCAUCCAUCCUGUGGGCUGGUCACGGAGAGUGGGCCACAGCAUGAAGAAGACAGAAGAAAAACGCAGUGACAUGGCAAACCAUCCCACCUUCCGGAAGAUUUACUGUGAUGCUAUCCCCUAUCUGUUUAAGAAGGUACGAGCUGUCUAUGCUGAAGGUGGAUGGUUUGAGGAAGGCAUGAAACUGGAGGCCAUUGACCCCCUGAAUCUGGGCAACAUUUGUGUGGCCACUGUUUGCAAGGUCCUCUUGGACGGGUAUCUUAUGAUCAGCAUUGAUGGAGCCACGUCUGCUGAUGGCUCUGACUGGUUCUGCUAUCAUGCCUCCUCACACGCCAUCUUCCCUGUCAACUUCUGUCAGAAGAACAGCAUCGAUCUGACCCCUCCAAAAGGGCAAGAUGCACAGACCUUCAACUGGGAAAGUUACCUGGAAAAGACUAAAUCAAGACCUGUUCCAGCACGGCUCUUCAACACAGACUGCCCAAACCAUGGCUUCAAGGCAGGCAUGAAGGUGGAAGCAGUGGACCUGAUGGAGCCCCGGCUCAUCUGCGUGGCCACAGUGAAGCGUGUAGUCCACCGUCUCCUUAGCAUCCAUUUUGAUGGCUGGGACAACGAGUAUGACCAGUGGGUGGACUGCGAGUCUCCAGACAUUUAUCCUGUAGGGUGGUGUGAGCUGACAGGCUACCAGCUUCAACCACCUGUUGUUCCAGAGCCCACAACUCCAGUGAAGGCCAAGGAGGUGCCCAAGAAGAAGAAGAAACCCUAUGGAAAGAAGAGAAAAAAGUUACCUGCCAAAACCCGCAACAUCAAGCAGACUCUCAAGAAGCCUUCCGCCCCGAAGACAAAACGAGAAGCAAAAGCUGCCAGCAAGGCUUUGCCGGAGCCAGCACCUGAUGAAAUCAUUGCUGUGCGGGUGAAAGAAGAAACCAUCGACCCCUCGGUAGCAGAAUUUGGAGCCACAGAGCUUCCUGUUCCCAUCAGCAGCAUAAAGCAGGAGGUCACAGACUGAUCCUGGAGUGUCCCCCAGCUGCCCACAGCAGCCUGCGCUUCACCUUGUGACUCUUUGGGGAAAGUCCUGGCAAAGGGAAGUGGAAGACUAAAAGGGCCUUCCCUUUUUGAGGCAGACCACCCUGCAACAUCACGACUCUGCUUUCCUGGGGUGCAAGAAAAUUUUCCCCAGACUUGUAAUUUUAAGCCCUGGGAAAGAGACUCCACAAAGGCUGCAGGCGUGCUGAGGAGCGCGACCAGGAUGGCUGCUGGGGUUGUGUGUGCCUGGCUUUGAAGGUGCCUUUCCAAGCAAGAGCUCCCAAGUGGGGAAAGAGGCUGCCAGAGCACGAAGAGGCAGUUUGGGUUCUCAGCCGUGGCUGGAGCUGGCGAGCUGCAGUCUGAGAUGAUGUGUGCAGGUCACAUGUGUCAGGAAAUCGCCUGCCCUCGUAGGAUGUUGGUGCUGUGCUCCCUGGUUUAGGCCCUGCAACCCGCAAGAAAGUCAGGACAGGAAGAGUGGAAAGAGGUGAAGAAAAAAAAAAAAAAAACCAAACCGCAAAAGGGAUGGAUGAUGAUGCCUCUUGAGGGAGCAAGAGACCUUUUUGAGUGUCGUCAAUUCUUGCUUUUGGAGCCGAACUGCAGAGGACAUGGUAUACAGUUUGAAUUUUUAAUUUUUUAGCAGUCCUACUGUAAAUUUUGAUCUACAAUCUGUACCCUAAAGCCCUGUGAAUUAAACUUGA